UUUAAGAGCUUCUUAAUAUCCAUUUCUUUCUAUAUAACCACCUCAACUCACUCUCUCUUCAACACCUAGGAAACCAAAAAGGAAAGAGGAAAAAGAACAAGAGAAAAAUGUCUUCAGAAAACGCCCUUUGGUUUUUGCUUGCCAUUUUCUCCCUCAGUGUAGCCAUAACCUUGGCCUCUGACCCUGAUCCAGUUCAGGAUUUCUGCAUACCAAACCCAAGAUUUGGUGCCAUGAAAACAGCACAUGCCAUGCACUACAUUCUCCCAUGCAAGAACUCCUCCGAGGCCACCACCGAAGACUUCGUUUUCUCUGGUUUAAGAGCCUCAGGGACAUUCUCAGACACAGGCCUUGCGGUGGUUUCAGCAAGCGCUACAAAUUUUCCAGGGCUCAACACUUUGGGCUUGUCUUUUGCACGUGCAGACAUAGAAGUCGGGGGCAUUAACCCACCACAUUUUCACCCUAGAGCCACCGAGCUGGUUCAUGUGGUGCAAGGAAAAGUGUACGCAGGUUUUGUUGAUUCAAGCAAUAGGGUGUUUACUAGAGUGCUUGAAAAAGGAGAGGUCAUGGUGCUCCCUAAAGGUCUGGUGCACUUCAUGAUGAAUGUUGGUGAUGAAGCUGCUACUUUGUUCGGAAGCUUCAAUAGCCAAAACCCUGGUAUUCAGAAGGUACCUUCUGCUUUGUUUGGUUCAGGAAUUGAUGAGGAGCUUCUGCAGAAGGCUUUUGGACUCAGUUCUAAGCAGAUUGGGAGCUUGAGGAAAAAGUUUGAUCCCAAGACUGCAAGGUAGAUCAUAACUGCUAAAAUGCUUUAGUUUGUCCAUUUUAAGGUUUUGAGUUUUCUUGUUUAUUCCUUUGUUUCAAACAGUUUUCAACCCCUUCUCCCACUUUUUGUGUUGUUUUGUUAUAAUACUAUAUAAGGUAAAGAAUAUGAAGUGCAUCUUGGUCGCACUACCUUGUACUGAAAUCUGAAGCAGCAAAUAUUUCCAUCCUCU